GAUCUUAAUGUAUUCUGAUGUCAUAAUAUGGCUUAUCUAAUAAACGAACGACAAAACAGUUAUUACUCAUUGCUAAAUUUCGACGGUACAAUAAUAAAAUAAGGCGAUUCUUUGAAACGAUGUCGCCAAAAUCUUAUCGGUCCCGAUAAACGGCGCGAUCAACGCCAUAUUGCGUUCAGUUUACACGGCUUUCGAGGCGCGGACGCACCAUUUGUGUUAUUUAAAUUUCAGUUCAGAUAUAUAAUAAUAUCAAAAUGGGUUGUGGUGAAUUCUUGGUAAAAUACAUAUUGUUCUUCGCGAACCUAUUCUUUGCGCUAGCUGGUAUAGCGCUAAUAGGACUGGGUGUCGCCGUUGAACUGCAAGUAUCAGAGGUGACCGAAAUAUUUGAGGACUCGCAGAUAUUCCAGCUGACACCGAUCGGAGCCAUCGUCGUAGGAUGUAUCGUGUUCAUUGUUGCAUUCUUCGGAUGCUGCGGUGCCAUUAGGGAGAGCAAUUGCAUGCUCGUCACUUACGCUAUAUUUAUGAUCGUUCUAAUGAUCUUGAAAAUAACGCUGGCUACGUUGAUAUUUGUGAAACAAGACGAACUCUUGGAUGACAUUCCGCGCUGGUUGACGGAAGGUUUCUCCAGGGAUCCAGUAGCAUUCCAGAGCAUCGAAAGAUCAUUCAAGUGCUGCGGUCCUAUGGGCCCUGCCUCCUACCUCUCUCUCACUCUGCCGGAGUCCUGCUGUGCCCGUAUACCUUGCACCGUUGUCAACGCCUACUCUGGUUGCAAUUCCAUUGUCCAAGACUUCUUCCAGACCUUUGGAUUGGCCAUUGGGGUUGUGGCCAUCAUCGUUGUGGCUAUUGAGUUGAUCGCAGUCGUGUUCGGCCUUUGUCUCGCAAACCACGCCCGCAACAAGAGCAGGCGCACGCAUUACUAGGCUCAAAUACUUAAUACACUAUCGUUAGAUUAAGUUUAAUGAGAAUCGUCGUAUUAAUGUCGCAUGUUAACAAUUACUUUAUGUAAUAUAAUUCCGUCUAUAAUGUAUUACAUUAAUUUCUCUUCAAAAUAAUAAAUGCGUCAGAUUCACACAAUAAGGCAUAAUUCGUGUUACUUUUGGCUUCGAACUUUUUAUUAUUUUGAUAGCGAAUUCGGUUAAUGUCAGCUGUAAAGCCUUAACUGUACUAAAGACAGUCGGACGGUCAUAGAUUUUGUAAUAGAAAAAGUCUCUAAAAGUGAGAUUUAGCAGAAUUUGUAGGAAAAGUUAAAUAAAACUUUUCGUCAAUUCGUUUCUUUAUUUAAGAUUAUAUAUAGAGUAUCGCUUUGUAUGAUAAGUAGUGAUACAUACAUAGCUGUACUAAGGUAUACUAUCCCGGUGUAUUAUAACUUAAAAAAGAGCGCUAGUAAUGACAGUAAUAUACCGAUGAUAUAUUGAGAUGGGAGAGAAAAACGAAGACAUGUUCAAUAUACUAACAUGGUAAUUAGUCAACUGACUGAGCGAGCGAUUCAGAUGCCAAAUCUCUGCAGGUUUAAAUGCGUUAGUGUUGCCUGUACCUUGAAAUACAGGGUAGUUAAUACGUUUUAAAAUAAAGUCUCUUCAUUUUGUUUUUUUUUUAGUUACAUCUCAAUUUAACGAGACAUGUUGGAAUUAAAGGAAUAGUAUUAAUUAAGUAUUAAAAAAAUAUGUUCAAAAUCACGUUUCGACUGACAAAAACUUAUUAAAACUGAUGAUUUUGCGUCUCUAAAAUACUUAGUACUAGCAUUGUAUACAACUUACAAUUUGUAAUUAGGAUAACUUAGGGCGCACACCGACUUAAAAUAUAAUUAACAUAAGUGAUAAAUGUUUAUAAUAAACAA